CUUCUUCGUCGUUGUGAGAGUUUGUUCAAGAUGUUGAGUGAUUAUUUGGGAGUUUUCUUCCUCUUGGGAGUGAGUUUAAGUGUAGUUCAGGGACAAGCUGAAUUGAGGAAUUUCACCCAACCUCUAGAUCAUUUUGAUCCAAACAACACUGCAACAUGGGAGCAGAGAUAUUGGAUUGAUGAGAGCUUUUACGUACCUGGAGGGCCUAUUUUUCUGCUAGUUGGAGAUAUGUUGCCUUUCAUGACGGAGUUUCGUGUCAACUUCAGCCAUUUCCGAGAUCUUGCAGAGGAGAAUAAUGCAAUUUUCGUUGCAACAGAGCAUAGAUUUUAUGGUGAAAGUCGUCCAACACCAGAUGCUAGCCUUGAAAGUCUUCAGUUUUUGCGUACUGAUCAGUCAUUGGAAGAUCUCGUCAAUAUUAUUGAGUUCCUACGAAAUUCCACGGAAGAUUUAGCUAAUGCCAAAGUUAUAGCAGCUGGGUCUGGGCAGGGUGCCGGUCAAGCAGUUUGGCUACGUCAGGCUAGACCAGAUCUCGUAGAUGGUGUCUGGGCGUCUAGCGGGUGGUUACUAGCUGCUCCGGAUUUCUAUCAAUUUGGAACAAAUGUAGCAGCCUCUGUGCGUAUCUACGGUGGACUGAUCUGCUAUGACAACAUGGCAGCAGCAUUUGAAGAAAUGGAGAAUCUUUUUGUGAAUGGAGAAUAUGAAACUCUUCGUGAUGGUCUGAUGCUAUGUGAUACGGAGUUGGGUAUUGAAAGUGAAUAUGCGGGAAAUCUUCUCUUUGGUCAAAUGGCAACAGCUAUUGGUUCAACCAUACAAGUCUUGCAUUCGGGAGCUCUUGUCAAUCUUUGUAAUGAUUUAGCAAAUGCUACAACUCCAUUCGAAGGUCUUUCAAAUUGGGUACAAUUCAGAGUUUAUCCUGAACUGGGUUGCAUGAUGAUUGACUAUCGACAAUUUUUGGAAUUCCUCUCGGCUGAUCAAUGGGAUGAUCCGGCUGUUGAAUUUGGAACACGUCAACAAAUGUACCAAAGUUGCACAACAUACGGUGGAUAUAGGACAUCAAGUGGACCUGAUCAUCCAUUCGGAGAUCGUUUCCCCAUUGAUUUCUUCUUUACUCUUUGUCAAGAUCUUCUCAAUGGAACAAUGACCCAAGAAGAAAUUGUCAAUGCGAUUGAGAGUACUAAUGAGAUCUAUGGUGGAUUAACGCCUAAUGUUACCAAUGUUUACUUUACAAAUGGAAAUCUUGAUCCAGAGAGAACAAUCAACGUGCAGGAAGAUUUAAAUGAGAGCGCCGUUGCAGAUAGUAUUUCUUACUUUGGUUUUGCGGCUGAUUGGUUCCCAAUGAAUGUUACUGUCUAUGAAGGACUUAGAUCAGUUCAAAACCGUGUUCGUACUCUCAUUACGGAGUGGAUUUGUGAAAAUGGAGAAGAAAUUCCGACAACGACUGAACCUCCAACCGUUUAUUAAUGCGGUGUUUUCAAUCUUACAGAGAAAGUAAUAAAGUAAUAUAAGAU